AUGACCUCUAUCAAAGAGAAGCCUAUAUUAUAAAACCGCUAAAAAAUUCAUGAGAUAUUGACAAAUAAAGUUCAAUCAUCUCCUAUUCAGCAAUUUAAAUAAAAUUCAGAUAACAUCAAGUUAUGGCAAAUACCAGAAUAAGAUAAAAGAACUACUUUAAUUUCUACAAGAAAAUCAAUUGAUUAAAAUGUUACAAGCAAAAAUCUAAAAAAAUUUAAACUUUGUCAUCAUAAACAUGGAUCUCUAGAUUUUGAGCCUUUUUAAUUAAAUGUAAUAACUAUUUAUAUUAUUAUAGAAUAGUACUAACAGAUUUACUUAAAUUAAAAGUGCAAGAUCUAAGAAGAUUAAUCAUUUUGAUUUAAGCAAACAAAUUAAUAACAUUAAUAAUUGCUAACAAGAAAAUAAAAUUUAAACCAUAAAAACAUAAUCUUAAUUUUAGAAUGAAUAAAUAUAUGAUGAAAAUAUAUUAGAUUUAUUACUUUUAAAUACAAUGGAAUUAAAAGAAAUACUCUCAGUAAAUAAUGAACCACCUAAAAAAACUUAAAGGAUCAAACCAAAAAUAACUUAUAUUACAAAUACUAAAGUAUUACCUCAUGAUUUCUUUUUUCAAUAAUGA